UCAGGUUUCCAUUUUGAAUAUUUUCCGAUAAACAAAGCAGUGGGGAUGCAGAGCACGGGCGAUGCUGCGGCUCCCACGGUUUAUCUUAGUGGAGAGCUCGAGUUAGUAAGUUUUGCGGUUUGCCUCUUGGACACCCCAUCUCCGCGGGCUCGCUUCUCUCCUCUCCUGCACGUGAGCUGCUUGCACCAUCUGCUCAUCACUGCUGAUUUACUCUUCCCCAAGUCACUUAGCAGGGAUGGAUGCAUUUUGAAUGAGUUUUGCUGCUGCUCCCCUAUGCAUGGGAUGGGGCGAGAAAUGGUUAACGCAUGGUUUGCUGAGAGAGUUCACACUAUUCCAGUCUGUAAGGAAGGAACCAAGACCCAGAGCGAAUCCUGCUCUUGCCACCAGCCUGCCAGUGCUGAGACCACCAACUCUGGGACUCCAGUGAGGAAAAUCUCUGCUUCUGAAUUUGACAGACCCUUAAGACCCAUUUUUGUCACGGACUCGGUGGGAGCAGUGAGCUUCCUCUCUGGAUCUGAAAAGAAGGAACAGAUGCCUCUGCAAUCUCCACGGAUUGAGACCAGUGCAGGGGAUCAGUGCUCAAGACUCUUAGAACUUGUGAAAGAUAUUUCUAGUCAUUUGGAUGUCACAGCGCUUUGCCACAAAAUUUUCCUACAUAUCCAUGAGCUGAUAGCAGCUGAUCGUUAUUCCCUGUUCUUGGUCUGUGAGGACAGCUCUAACGAGAAGUUUCUUGUGAGCAGGCUCUUUGAUGUGGCAGAAGGCUCCACCCUGGAAGAAGCUUCAAACAACUGCAUUCGCCUGGAGUGGAACAAGGGCAUCGUGGGGCACGUGGCAGCUAUAGGCCAGCCUCUGAACAUCAAGAACGCUUAUGAGGAUCCAAGAUUCAAUGCAGAGGUCGACCAGAUCACCGGCUAUAAGACUCAGAGUAUUCUUUGUAUGCCAAUAAAAAAUCACAGAGAAGAGGUUGUUGGUGUGGCUCAGGCUAUCAAUAAGAAAUCUGGAAUUGAUGGGACUUUCACUGAACAAGAUGAAAAGGAUUUUGCUGCUUAUCUGGCAUUUUGUGGCAUUGUUCUUCACAACGCUCAGUUGUAUGAGACAUCUUUGCUUGAAAACAGACGUAACCAGGUGCUUCUUGAUCUUGCUAGCCUGAUUUUUGAAGAGCAGCAAUCUUUGGAAGUAAUUUUGAAGAAAAUAGCUGCCACUAUAAUAUCCUUCAUGCAAGUGCAAGGGUGUACCAUUUUUAUAGUGGAUGAAGAUUGUACUGAUUCAUUUUCUAGUGUGUUUCACAUGGAAUCUGAGGAAUUAGAAGAUUCAGCUGAAAAUCUGAAGAGGGACUAUGAUACAAACAAAAUCAAUUAUAUGUAUGCUGAAUAUGUCAAGAAUACAAUGGAGCCACUCAACAUCCCAGAUGUUUGUAAAGAUGGAAGAUUUCCCUGGACUAAUGACAAUGCAGAAAAUGUAAACCAACACAUAACGAGUUUGCUGUGUACACCAAUCAAAAACGGAAAAAAGAAUAAGGUGAUAGGGGUUUGCCAGCUUGUGAAUAAGAUGGAAGAAAACUCAGGCAAAAUCAAGGCUUUCAACAGAAAUGAUGAACAGUUCCUGGAAGCAUUUGUCAUCUUCUGUGGCUUGGGAAUCCAGAAUACACAGAUGUACGAAGCUGUAGAAAGAGCCAUGGCCAAGCAGAUGGUAACAUUAGAGGUUCUCUCAUACCACGCUUCUGCUGCUGAGGAGGAAACGAGGGAGCUGCAGGUAACAGCGGCUGCUGUAGUACCAUCUGCACAAUCUCUCAACUUAACUGAUUUCAACUUCAGUGAUUUUGAACUAUCGGAUUUUGAAACAACCCUGUGCACAAUUCGAAUGUUCACAGACCUCAACCUGGUGCAAAAUUUCCAAAUGAAGCAUGAGGUUCUCUGCAGAUGGAUUUUAAGUGUAAAGAAAAAUUAUCGGAAAAAUGUUGCCUAUCAUAAUUGGAGGCAUGCCUUUAAUACAGCCCAAUGCAUGUUUGCUGCUUUAAAAUCUGGUAAAAUUCAGAGCAAACUGACUGACUUAGAAACACUUGCUUUGCUGAUAGCAACUCUAAGCCACGAUUUGGAUCACAGAGGAGUAAACAACUCCUACAUACAAAGAAGUGAACAUCCACUGGCUCAACUGUAUUGCCACUCAAUCAUGGAGCAUCACCAUUUUGAUCAAUGCCUUAUGAUCCUGAAUAGUCCAGGAAAUCAGAUUCUCAGCAGCCUUUCCAUUGAAGAAUACAAGGCCACACUGAAAAUGAUAAAACAAGCCAUUCUUGCAACAGAUCUAGCACUAUAUAUAAAGAGGAGAGGAGAGUUUUUUGAGCUUCUGAGGAAGAAGCAAUUUAACUGGGAAGAUCCUGUGCAGAAGGAGCUAUUUUUAGCAAUGCUGAUGACUGCUUGUGAUUUAUCAGCCAUCACCAAACCCUGGCCAGUUCAACAACGGAUUGCUGAGCUCGUAGCUACAGAGUUUUUUGACCAAGGAGAUAAAGAGCGGAAGGAACUCAACAUAGAACCAACAGAUCUAAUGAACAGAGAGAAGAAGAAUAAAAUUCCCAGCAUGCAGGUUGGAUUCAUAGAUGCUGUUUGUUUACAGCUGUAUGAGGCCCUAACACACAUAUCAGAGGCCUGCUACCCCUUACUGGAUGGCUGUAGAAAAAAUAGGCAGAAAUGGCAGUCGUUAGCUGAACAACAAGAAAAGAAUCUCAUUAAUGGAGAAAGCAAUCAAGCUAAACGGAACUGAGGUGCUGAUUUGACAACCACGAGCUUAACUACACACAGAAGACAGUAAUUGGGUAGUACUGCAUUUUGCUAAACACUGUAUGGAUUUGGCUUAUGUUUUGCCACUGCUGUAUUAUUUUUCCACAUUUUAAAACAUAGCAUGACCGUGUAUAUGACAAGGUAUGUAAAGACUGUAUAUUUCUUCUAUUUCAUUUGAGUUAAAAUGGAAAAAAAAAUGCAGUUAGUUUAUGCUACCCUGUUCUACAAGAUGGUACGAGUGCAGUUACUUGACUGUCCUUGAGAGCCUAUUACUUUAGAGAUGUAUAUAGUUGUUUAGUGAUCAUGUUUGGCCAGUAUGUUAAAGACUACUGCAUUUGGCACCUUUUUUCCUCUUUCAGUCAUGUUGUGUUAGGAUAUAUAAGUAAGUGAGGAGCAGUGUUGCCUGUUCUUUUCCCAG